CGAAGUGAAAUCAGCAGUCUCUUCCUCUCUCGCUCCCUCGCUCGCUACCACCGAAAGCGUCGCAGCUCCAGAAGCCGAGCGGAAGAGGAAGCGGAGAGGAAGAGAAGGGGUCGGCAAUGGCUGGUGCGGUACCUCCCGAAGCGGCGAAGGCUGCGGCCACAGAGAAGGCGGCUCCCGAGAAAGUGGACUACUUGAACCUCCCGUGCCCUAUUCCGUACGAGGAAAUCCACCGAGAAGCUAUGAUGUCUCUGAAGCCGGACCUUUUUGAGGGGUUUAGGUUUGAUUUUACCAAAGGACUUAAUCCACAAUUUGCUCUGAGUCACAGUGUGUCUAUGGGAGCUGCUGAAAUUCCUUCUCAAUCUUCUGAGACUAUCAAAAUCCCCACUGCCCAGUACGAGUUUGGUGUUAAUUUUAUGGACCCAAAGUUGAUGCUAUUUGGGAGGCUUUUGACGGAUGGUAGAUUAAAUGCUAGAGUAAAGUGGGAUUUGACCGACAAUUUUUCUUUCAAGGCUAAUGGGCUGCUUACCGGCGAGCCACAUAUGUCACAUGGCAUGUUCAAUUUUGAUUACAAGGGAAGUGAUUACAGAGCCCAGUUUCAAGCGGGAAGUGGUGCCUUAUUUGGAGCAAACUAUAUUCAGAGUGUGACACCUCAUCUUUCUUUGGGUGGUGAAGUAUUUUGGGCUGGACAGCAUCGAAAGUCUGGUAUUGGAUAUGCUGCUCGAUUCAACACGGAUAAAAUGGUCGCUACAGGACAAGUUGCUAGCACUGGAAUGGUCGCAUUGAGUUAUGUUCAAAAGGUGUCUGAAAAGGUUUCUUUGGCAACAGACUUCAUGUACAACUACAUGUCAAGGGAUGUAACUGCAAGUGUGGGUUAUGAUUACCUCCUUAGACAGUCUCGGCUAAGAGGGAAGAUUGAUUCUAAUGGUUGUGUUGCUGCGUUUCUGGAAGAGCGAUUGAAUAUGGGUCUCAACUUCAUACUGUCCGCAGAGUUGGAUCAUAAGAAGAAGGACUACAAAUUUGGUUUUGGCUUGACAGUGGGACAGUAAAAUUUGAUGCAUGGAGCUGUUGAUGAAUUCUCUCUUCCCUUAUUUCUGCUGCAAACUGCAAGUUUGUGGGUCGAUUUUCCUCUCGAUUACCGGAGAGCUUUUGUUGUACAAUCCUCGAGUAAAAUGGUUUAGCUAAAUUUAGCAGCUCAAACAUUAUUCAAAUGGCUCGGAGCCGUUAAUUCUUUUUGCUCUUUUUUUUUCUUGGAAUCAUAGCUAUCUUUUCUUGGAAGCUAGGUAUGUUUUGUGCAAAUUAACGACUUGCUACGACUUUU